AUGCACCACUCCAGAUCUUUCUGUAACCUAGCGGCCCGAAUUGUCAAGGAGGACGAACAUGCGCUUGUGACUUUGCUGCUCACCCCAAACUUGAUCAAGAACGCUCAAGCUGAGGUUGAGGCGGAAUUUCGCGGUGCGGUGCCCGACAGCGUUAUUCGACGAGUUCGCAUUCUUUCUUCCAUCAAGCACCAGAAAUUAAGACUUGUCGAGUUGUUCAGGGUACACGCCCAAGCAUAUGCAUCAGAGUAUUACCCUGCUCUUAUCCAAGGCAAGGCGCUUACCUGUGCGGUGACGGGCACUAUCUUUGAUGGUGUUACACCCCCCAAUGUUGUGGUUAUUGACUACAUGGCUUAUCCGAUACUCCAAGUAACACGGGCGAUAUCAGGAACGUCCGUACCAAUUAUUGCAUGGAUAACGGGUCAUGUUUCGAACGUGAUUCGUUCAAUGGGCCCCGAGCAUUUCGGUGGAAUAGGUGAUUUAGGUGCCAAAAUGAAGACAGAAGCCGCGCGCUUGGGGGUUUCCCCUUUGGAACUUGGUGAUUCUCUACUGGACACCUCGAUUGGAACCAUUGUUAAAGUACCGGGGCUGGUGGAGAUGUACGAUUGGGAGUUGUUUCCCCAGAUUCUCCCUCAACCUGUUGAAGUCCCUCUUUCUACCAUCGUGAAAUUUGGUCAUCGAAGUAUCAAAGAAGCUGACGAUGUUUUGGUCACAUCCACCCAUUCCUUUGAAGAGGAGUCCAUGGAUGGACUAAAGGCUUGGUUGUCGGAAUGGAAUAAAGAUGCGUACAUCAUUGGGCCCUUGCUACCUUCUGGGUAUGGCAUACUCGAGGAAAGCGACCGUGGAUCCAAGGAAACUAGAGAUUUCCUCGACAAAGUGCUAAAAGAACACGGCGAAAACUCAGUCAUCUUCUUAUCUUUUGGUACUGUGUUUUGGCCCACCUCGCAAGAUUAUAUCGAAGAAGCAAUCGAAGCUUUUAUUGAAAAGAAUAUCCCAUUUCUUCUUUGCUAUGCAUCUCACAUAGCUAACCUUUCGGAAGAAAUCAUCAACAAAGUCCAAGGGUCCGGCAUAGGUCUUGUAUCUAAGUGGCUCCCUCAACAGUUUAUUCUGAACCACCCAGCUACCGGUUGGUUCAUCUCGCAUUGUGGACACAAUAGCGUAAUGGAGUCGCUAGCUAGUGGGAUUCCUAUGCUGUGUUGGCCUUUCCACGCUGAUCAACCUUAUGGCGCCGCACAUAUUAGUGAAAACCUCAAAGUAGGCAUAGAACUCAUUGAAGUCAGAACAGGAGCAUCGGGUUUAAAACCUCUACGACGCAAUGGACGUCAGGCCAAGGGGUCUCGCGAGGCUUUCGGGAUUGAAAUACGGCGGGUCAUUGAUGACUUACGCGCAGAGAGAGGAACAGAGAUACGCAAAAAUGCUGCAAAUAUGAAGCCGAAGCUCGCGAAUACUUGGGCGGCGGAUGGUGGAAUAGGAAGGAAAGAAUUCGAACGUUUUUUGACGAAAUAUAAUUUCUUGUAA